CCCACUCGCUGGGCGGGGGCACGGGCUCGGGCAUGGGCAUCCUGCUCAUCAGCAAGAUCCGCGAGGAGUACCCCGACCGCAUCAUGAACACCUUCAGCGUCAUGCCCUCGCCCAAGGUGUCGGACACAGUGGUGGAGCCCUACAACGCCACCCUGUCUGUGCACCAGCUGGUGGAGAACACAGACGAGACCUACUCCAUCGACAACGAGGCUCUGUACGACAUCUGCUUCCGCACCCUCAAGCUCACCACGCCCACCUACGGUGACCUCAACCACCUGGUGUCGGCCACCAUGAGCGUCGUGACCACCUGCCUGCACUUCCCCGGCCAGCUCAACGCCGACCUGCGCAAGCUGGCCGUGAACAUGGUGCCCUUCCCGCGCCUGCACUUCUUCAUGCCCGGCUUCGCGCCCCUGACCAGCCGGGGCAGCCAGCAGUACCGCGCCCUGACCGUGCCCGAGCUCACCCAGCAGAUGUUUGACUCCAAGAACAUGAUGGCCGCGUGCGACCCGCGCCACGGCCGCUACCUGACGGUGGCCGCCAUCUUCCGCGACCGCAUGUCCAUGAAGGAGGUGGACGAGCAGAUGCUGAACAUGCAGAACAAGAACAGCAGCUACUUCGUGGAGUGGAUCCCCAACAACGUGAAGACGGCCGUGUGCGACAUCCCGCCGCGGGGGCUCAAGAUGUCGGCCACGUUCAUCGGCAACAGCACGGCCAUCCAGGAGCUGUUCAAGCGCAUCUCGGAGCAGUUCACGGCCAUGUUCCGCCGCAAGGCCUUCCUGCACUGGUACACGGGCGAGGGCAUGGACGAGAUGGAGUUCACCGAGGCCGAGAGCAACAUGAACGACCUGGUGUCCGAGUACCAGCAGUACCAGGACGCCACGGCCGACGAGCAGGGCGAGUUCGAGGAGGAGGAGGUGGAGGAGGAGGCCUGAGCAGCCCGCGCUUUCGAGUGGACUGCGGUCAGCCUCCGGCAAGCAUGGUCUGUGUCCGCUAUGGCGCUGUUUGCCUGUCGUGUUAAUGUGAAGUCUCAGUGUUGUCUUUCAACAUAUCUUAAUAAAGCACGUUUCAAACCUUAUUUCUUCAAACAAAUAAAAUUUAUUGUAAGUGAAAAAAAAAAAAA